GCAACUUCCAUGAAUUUUCUCUCAUUUACAAUCCUCAAAGUGGAAAAUAUAGAGCAUUAUUUUUAAAUUAACGGAUCGAUGUUGUUCUUAAUCAUUCACUUAAUUAACUAAUAGACAUGAUCAAUUAGUGUCAAAAAGCAACAACACAAGCAAGCUGGUUUAAGAGUAUAAAUAUGUAGCUAGAUGCUUGAAGAGUAUCAAUAACCUACGCACCCUUUUCCAUAGAAAUUAAAAAGCGCUUUGUAUGAAUCAAAAGAUGUCCCUUCCAGCUUCAACAUUUGCUUCAACCCAACAUGCAGUAUCUGAUGUCAAGCGACCUUGUGCAAGUUUUCCUCCUAACAUAUGGGGAGAUACUUUCCUUCAAUAUGCUUCUGAAUCUGUGGGAGUAAGUUACAAUGCGAAGCAGCAAGCUCAAAACCUAAAAGAAGAGGUGAAAAUGAUGUUUCAAUCAUUAAAUCAAAGCAUCAUGCAAAAAUUAAACUUCAUUGACUCUAUCCAACGUUUCGGCAUAUCCUACCAUUUCCAAAAGGAAAUUAACCAAGCAUUGGAACAAAUUCACAACACUUGUACCAAAAAUAACAACAUCAUCAUUGAAGAUGAAAAUCACCAUUUUCUUGCUCUACUCUUUCGUUUGCUUAGGCAACAAGGAUAUCAAAUUUCAUCAAAUGUAUUCAACAAAUUCAAAAAUAAGCAAGGAAACUUCAAUAAAACUCUUGCCAAUGAUAUUCAAGGAUUAUGUAGUUUGUAUGAAGCUGCACAACUAAGAACUCAUGGAGAUGAUAUACUUGAAGAAGCAUUUGACUUCUCAAAUGGUCAACUUAUGUCCUUGGCCAACCAACUAAGUCGAUCGCUUGUUGCACAAAUUAAUCACUGCUUAAGGAAACCUUUUAACAAGAGUGUACUUAGGUUUGAGACACGGUAUCACAUGAGUCUCUAUGAAAAAGAUCCUUCUCAUAGGGAAACUUUAAUAACCUUUGCAAAUGUAGAUUUCCAUAUUCUUCAAAAAAUGUAUCUAAAAGAAAUUGGCAUGAUUACCAAGUGGUGGAAAAAAUCAAACUUGGUGAAAAAGGUCCCCUAUGCAAGAGAUAGGUUGGUUGAGAGCUUUGUUUGGUCGUUGGCCUUUUCCGAUAUUCCUGAAUACAGUAAAGCAAGAAUGUUUCAGGGGAAAUUAAUGGCUGUAGUAACUAUUCUAGAUGAUACUUAUGAUGCUUAUGGCACUUUCCAAGAACUUGAAAUAUUCACAGAAGCAAUUCAAAGAUGGGAUAUUACUGCCAUUGGAUCUCUUCCACAAUGCAUGAAAGCAGUAUUUGAUGCAAUUAUUGAGCUGUGUGAAGAAAUGGAAUUGGAAACAACUGAGAGUGGAAAAUCAAGCUUUAUGGUUCCACGUUUUAAACAAGCUGUUAGUAAAUUAGUAAAAGGCUACAUGAUUGAAGCAAAAUGGUGCCAUAAAGGUCUUAUUCCAACAUAUGAAGAGUAUAAAGUUAAUGGUGUCUUAACUUCUAUUUUUACUCUUUUGAUGUCAUCAUUUAUUGGCCUGGGAGAAUAUGGAACAGAAGAAGUCCUUGAUUGGAUUUUUAGUGAUCCAAAUAUCAUUAAUGCUGUAUCACUUAUUGGAAGACUCUUAAAUGACACAUCAUCACACAAGUUUGAGCAAAGACGAGAUCAUGUUGCCUCAUCUGUUGAAUGUUGCAUGAAGCAAUAUGACAUUUCAUAUAGAGAGGCCUAUAACUUCAUUCGCAAGGAUGUUGAAGAAUAUUGGAAGGUUAUUAAUGAAGAGUGUCUCAGGUCAAAUGAUAUCCCAAAAUCUGUACUGGAUUGUGUAGUUAAUUAUGCACGUGUUUCUGAGGUUUGUUAUGAAAACCACCAAGAUAACUUCACAAAUGGAGGAUUAAAGGAUUAUGUCUCUUCAUUACUUUUGGAUCCGAUGUGCAUCGAUCAACAACAAUAAGAGAAGUCAUUUCACAUAUAAAUGACAUUAUGCUUAUAUCCUGUAAUAUCUUAUGAUGUAUACCAGAAUGUUGCAUACUAUCAAGCAUAACUAAAUAUGAAAGAAGAGUGAAUUGUUGGUAUAAAAGUUGAUUCAUUCUACGUGAAAUGUUGAAUGUGCCAGUUGAGAGAAAUGUUGUUUGCACAUUGUUAUUUGCUCAAUAAUAAUAUGUCAUGUC